AUGAUUUUCCACCCUGAUCUUCCCACGUUCCGGGUCUACUCGGUAACCAUCUCCAACUUCAAUAUUUCCACCACCACCCCUCCCCUUCUCUCCGGCUACUUCAACAUUGGACUGACCGUUGAAAAUCCUAGCAGCAAAACUACCUUCUCGUACAGCCACCUCGAGGCCGGAAUCUACCUCGGGUCCAAUCAACUCUCGGGGACAACCCUCCCGCCGUUUACUGUGGCAGAGAAGAUGAAUGCAACCGGGAUCAAUGCAGAAUUCUCCGCGGUUAGGGCUUACACAUACUUGGCUGAGACUCAAAAUCUGGAACUCUGUUUGAAGGUUCAAAUGGAAGUUCAUUCCAAAUCUGGUUUUUGGAGAGAAGUGCAAUAUUUGGAGGCCUCUUGCCCGGGAUUAUUGGUCAGUGCUGUUAAGACUCAAAAGAAUGGAUCAAGUUCUGAUGUUUGGAGUCUAAUUGGAGGAGUUAAGGACUGCGAGGUUUCUUAA